AUGAAAAGCAAAGGAACAGUUGUAGGCAAUACGGGAACUAUUUCAACCAUGUCAAAUAUUUUAAGAGGUCUUGAUAUAUCCACACUUACCCAUCAAUCGUUGAAAGAUAUGGGCAAUCAACUGUUCAACUCAUGUCAGUAUAACGAAGCUGUUCAAUGCUAUACACAUGCUAUCACCCAACAACCAAAUAUUUCCUCAUACUAUUCAAAUAGAGCAUUGUGUUAUAUCCAAAUGCAAGAUUAUUCAAAAGUUUUGUCUGAUUGCAGAAAAGCGAUUGAUUUAGAUCAAAACAAUUUAAAAGCUCAUUUCUUUGCUGGACAAGCACACUUGGGCUUAAAUCAAUAUGAAGAAGCAUUAACUAGACUUGUUCAUGCCCAUAAUUUAGCUUUAGAACAGCAUCGUAAUUUUGGAGAUGAUAUAACUUCAGUUAUCCGAUUAGCUCGAAAAAAACGUUUUGAAGCCAUGGAUGAAGAUAGAAAAAAGGAAGAAAUUUCUUUACAAGUUUAUUUAAAUAAUUUAAUCAUGGAAGAUGCUGCCCGUCAAAAGCAAGUGAUUUUAUCUAAAUUAUCUGGAAUCAAUGGUUCUCUACCAAACUUGGAGUCAACCAAAAACAUUUCUAUUGAUUCGUUAUCAACCGAAGAUAACAAUUUUGAAAACAUUUCACCAAAGCACCAAGAAAUUCUUUCAAAAAUAGAUAAUACUGCUCAAAAAUACAUUUCAGAGCUUAAUGAACUGUUCUCUAAGGUGGACGAACGCCGAAAAAAACGUGAGAUUCCAGACUAUCUUUGUGGUCGUAUUAGCUUUGAUCUAAUGCGAGAUCCUGUAAUCACUCCUUGUGGAAUUACCUAUGAUCGGCCGUCAAUUAUAUCUCACCUGCGCCAAGUUGGACAUUUUGAUCCCGUUUCACGUCAACCAUUGAUAGAAGACCAGCUUAUACCAAAUUUGUCUAUGAGAGAGGUUGUACAAGCUUUUCUAAACGAAAAUCCUUGGGCUGAAACACUAUAA